AUGGAUUUACUGGAAAAUGAAUGGUAUAUUCAAGCUCCUUGGGGCAGAAUAGCGAUAAUAGCAUGGGGCAACUGCUACGACCCUCCUGUGUUGCUAUGCCAUGGGAGUGUAGACUCUGCAAUCGGCUUCAGACCACUUAUCAGCAAACUGCCCAAGAACUUCUAUUAUAUUGGUGUGGAUCUACCAGGUAAUGGGAAAUCGGACAGGCUACCACCAGGUCUGAUGAUCAGUGUGUCGGACAUGGCAUACGCUAUCAAUGUCGUAGCUAGACAUUUUAGAUGGAAGAAAUUCACUUUUAUUGGACAUUCAUUUGGAGCGUUUUUAGGUCAGCAUUUCAAUUUAUUUUACCCAGGAAGAUUGAAUAAACUGAUCAACUUGGACCCCAUCAAUUUCUUUGCGAUACCACCCCAGGAUUUCGCUAGAUGGUACCACUCGCGUUUCACAGACUUCUACAAGAAUUAUGAAAAAUUUAAUACUCCAGUCAAAGAUGGGCCGAAGGUCAAGUGGACAGAGGCGUUACAGUCGUUAAGAAGUAACCGUCCAAGUUUGAGUGAGGAGCAGGCGACUGCAGUAUUGAAUAGAUUGUCAGAACCGGCUGGAGAUGGAUAUAUCAGAUACACGUACGACUUACGCAUAAAAUUGAUGCAUGGACCAGCAUUUUCGCCGGAACACGUUAAAAAAUUAUUUACCAGUCAUGAUACACCGAUAUUAACAGUUGCAUGUCAAAAUUCCAUAGAUAAGGAACUUUUUCGAAACACGGCCUUUUUGCUCGACGAGGCUGAAUAUCCUUCGAACAAUUUCCGUUUUAGAUCUGUGGUCGGAGACCAUGACGUUCAUAUUUCGAAUCCUGAAAGAGUGGCUGUCUAUGUCAGCCAGUUCCUACUCUAUGGUUUGGAGGGCAUGGACAAUAAGGCUAAGUUAUGA